AUGAUUAUUUCGAGGAAUAUUUUAUUGACUUUAUUUGCAAUAUUUUUUAAUUCAUUAAUUAAUGCACAAGAAUUCAAUUUAGAAAGUUAUCGGCUUUCGAAUAGUACAACACCAUAUCUUUAUGAAAUUGAUAUUGAAGUAAAUCUAGAUGAAAAUAAUUUUAAAUUUAAUGGCAGUGUUGAAAUAACAUUCACGGUUGUGCGACGUACAAAAGAAAUUCUUUUGCAUUAUAAGGAUUUGAAUAUUUUGAAAAUAGAAAUAACUUCAGCGACUUCAAUCGCAGUUGAAAAUGUUUAUAUGAACAAAACUACAGCUAUUUUAUUAUUACAAGUAAAUAAAUUUUUAGAAAAAGGUGAAACUCAUAGCUUUAAAAUCACAUACGAUUCAAUUUUGAGAGAAGGCAAUAUAGGAUUUUACCGUACAUGGUAUCUUAAUAGGAAAGGGGAAAAAAUUUGGUUAGCAGCCACAGCAUUUUCACCAAUAUAUGCCAGAUUUGCAUUUCCAUGUUAUGAUGAACCAAAUUUAAAGGCGGCAUUUCAAAUUCGUUUGAAACAUUCAAAUAAUAAAAUUGCAUUAUCUAAUCAAAAUGUGCAAAGCAUUAUAAAAAAUUCUGAUGGUACCACAACAACAGAAUUUGUACGCACACCAAAAAUAUCAACACAUUCAGUUGCAUUUUUUAUAUGUGAUUUUGGAUUUACUGAAUCAUCAGAAUUAUACAGAAAUAAUGCAUUAAAUAAUAUAACUCAUUUAACAUAUUAUCGUAGUGACAUACCAGUCACUGAAAUUGACUUACUUAGUUCUUCAAUUACUAAUGCAUUUUAUAGUCUUCAAAAUCAUCUUCUUGCAGAUAUACAAUUAUUACACAAAUUACAAAACAUAUUAAUACCUAACAUAUUCUCGAAGACUCAAUCCAAUUGGGGUAUUAUAACGUUUAAAGAAGCUUUGAUUCGUUUUAAUUCUACCCGACAUUGGGAAAGAGAAAUAUUGUCGACUACAUUGCUAAUAGGACAUGAAGUAUCACAUCAAUGGUUUGGAAAUUUGAUAACUGUUGAAUGGUGGACUUGGAUCUGGUUAAAUGAAGGCUUUGCAACUUUAUUUCAAUAUUAUAUUACAGAUGAUUUACACCCUACAUGGAACAUAUUGGAAUAUUACCAAAUUCAUAUUCUUCAUUCUGCUUUUCGAAAUGAUUUUAAUAGAAGAUACAAAUUAAGACCAAUGAAUCUAUACGUAGAAAAAAUGGAGGAUAUUCAGGCUUCAUUCAAUAAAUUGCCUUACAAUAAAGCAUCUUGUGUUUUAAGAAUGUUCGAGCAUGCAUUAGGUAAACCUAUAUUUCUUCGAGGUUUGCAAUAUUACAUUAAAGAAAGAGGUUAUAAGUCAUCAACAGAAAAACAAUUAUUUGAUGCUCUCAUAACGGCUGCUCUAGAACAUGAUAAAUCUGUUGAAAUAGAUCUGCUUAAAGCAUUUACCACAUGGACGUCACAAUCUGGUUUUCCGUAUUUGACGGUUAACAUAAAAAAUGCUACAAUGGAAAUAAUUCAAACUCAAUUUAUAGGAUUUGAAAAUAUAAAUUAUAAACUCUGGAAUAUACCAAUAAAUUUUGCAACAUCAGAAGACAAAGAUUUUAAUAAUACGAUUCCAAAAUUUUGGCUUACAACAAAAUCUAUAUCAGUUGAUUUAAACGAUUAUGUAAAAGAUGUUUCCGAUAUUUGGGUAAUUUUUAAUAUACAACAGACCGGAUAUUAUCGUGUCAAUUAUGAUUCUAAUAGUUGGUAUCAAAUUAUAAAGGCUUUGAUGAAUCACCAUUCGGAAAUACAUGUUGCAAAUCGUGCACAACUUAUUGAUGAUGUUUUCAUAUUCAAAAGAAAAAAUCUACUUAGUAAUGACAUUUUCUUUAAGAUGUUAGAAUAUCUGGUCAAUGAACGUGAAUAUGCUCCAUGGGCUGCUUUUGACAAUGGAAUCGAAUUUUUAAAUAAUGCAUUAUAUAACACAAGUUAUUACAAAAAUUUUUUACAAUUGAUGCAAAAAAUCUUAAAACCUACUGUUGACGAGUUCAUAAAGUUAGAAAACAAAACUAAUUUUAAUGUGAAACCAUUAAAAUCUAUUCAAAAAGAAAUAAUUUAUCGGCGUUCAAUAGAAUUUUCAGUUAUGGAAACUAAAACAGCGUACUUUCUUAAUAAAAUGGAAUAUCGUCAAAUUUUCUAUUGUAAUCAAUUGAAAUAUCCUUCGGCCGAGAAAACUUUAAAUAAUAUUAUAGAGGAAAUUUUUGAUUUGAUGAAAAUAUUUUCAGAUGAUCCUUCAGUUAAAAUUGAUUUAUUAAAAGCUUUAGGUUGUAUAAAUAGUGAAUCGCAUAUAAAAAUUUUACUUUUAAAAAUUUCUAAAACUGAAAUUGAUCCAGAAUUUAAUUUAACAUCAGAUGAGAAAUUAAUAUUACUUAAAAGUAUAUGCCGUGAAAAGAAAAUUGGUCUUCAAACUACCUUAGAAAUGAUACUUAGCAGAUGGCAACAAUUAUUGAUAGCUUUAGAAUACAGGAAUUUUAUUGAUUUCUUACUAGAAAUUUCAAAAUAUAUUAGAGAGCCAAAACUAAUUGAAAAGUUUCACAAGCUAAUACAGGACAUGGAUAUACUUACAGAAGAUAAAUUAGACAUUUGGUCUAUUAUUGAUGAAAAUCUAGAAUGGGAAUAUGUACAGAAACCCUUAGUUGUAUUAUACCUUUUAGAAAACUAUCCAAUUACAUUUAACAAAGCUGUAACAUCCGAAUUGCGGUGGCCUGCCGCAUAUUUGUUAUUAAUGUUGUGCUAUUUAUUUUUAUUAUAUUUUAAUUAAUAUAUUUAAUUUUACUGAAAAUAAUAUUUACAUUUUGAAAUAUCCUUGAUAAUUUUAGCAAGUUAGCGUUCUAAGUAUCAUGCG